CAGCUCUGUCGCAGCUGCUCUUGCGCUCACAGUGGUAGCAGAGUCAGUCAGGAUGAGGGUCACGGUCGCCUCUCUCGUUGCUGGUUUAAUUGGUGGAGCUGGCGUUCUCUCGUUCCUUUUUGCAUUCGCUACGGAUUACUGGCUCCUGGCGACGGAGAACUGCGUGGCAAGCAGCGGACCAUCAUCUCUAGCUGAGAACACCACAGAGGUCCCCCCCUCCCCCGCUGCCAUCCUGUAUUUUCACCAUGAGGGUUUUUUCUGGAGAUGCUGGUUCAGUGGAGAAGACUUCGAGGAGACCAUCUGGAACUUCUGGUAUACCAAUCAAGCGCACCCCAAACACUGCAUCCAGGGGUACCUGUUCCCCAUGCCGAUAGCAACUGGACCGGUCCCACAUCCAUCCUAUGACCCGACAGCAGUGUACAGAGGCUUCUGGACGGCGUUAAUCUUUGUCGGCAUCGCUUCCAGUGUGGUGGGGGGUCUUCUGCUGGUCUGUGCAGUGCCCUUUGCGGAGGCUGGGCUCUAUAGAAUAGGAGGAGGAUUCCUCAUCACUGCUGGGGUGCUGCUGGCCUGCCUUAUCGCCCUCUUUGCCGUAUGGAAGGAGUUCGCUGUUGACCUGGAGAAAUACAUCUUGUUAGAGAGAAGCCAGAGCUGCCCCCCGGACAGCCACGUCCACAUCUAUUAUGGAUGGUCGUUCAUAUUCGCAGCAGCCGGGGUCCCACUGGUCCUGCUCUCUGGGGUUCUGUUCCAUUGUAUCAGCCGCAGCCUCUGCCUACAGGAGAAGUGAAUGGAGGGACUGAAGAUUCCUUAUCAUGAACUUAAAGCUGCCGACAUUUGUCAUGUGGUCUGCCGCUGCCUCCUAUAAUAAGGGACCCCCUCCUCUGCCGGAGACACACACGCAUGUGACCUGUUCGGUGGUUGGAGAGGUAGGAUGGUGGUAUAUUCCUGCUUGUGAUUCCUACGGCUCAAAUUUCCUACAAAUAUUUUCAAUAAAAUGUUGUGAAA